GUUGAUGAGCGGGGCAAUCUGAUCAAUGAAGCAAAUUAUCUGAACGGCUUCCUAAAGCGAUACAACAAGGUUUUGCUAGACAAGACAACGGUGCAGAGGGAGGGCACGAGGGUGGGUUUUGAAAAUGCGCAGCUACAGAUGGUGCUGAAGCAGUACCUUGAUGGCACCUCUGUCAACGACGACGUCAUAAAUGACCCCAGGAACCCACUACUUGUAGUCAACUCUAAGUUGCAAGUCUACUUGGCUGCAGAAAUUCAGGAGCGUGAGCGAAUUCUCCAGCAUAGCCGGCAAUUCGGAAGGCUUGUGCUGCCAGCAAUCACAUCCCCAACCACGGAGAUUAAGCAGUCAAAGUAUAUCAUCGACUACAUGCAGAGCAAGACAACAACUCACAUAGUUACUCAGAAAAGUUCUUGACCCCUCUCUCUCUCUCUCUCUCUCUCUCUCUCUCUCUCUCUCUCUCUCUCUCUCUCUCUCUCUCUCUCUCUCUCUCUCUCUCUCUCUCU